AGAGCGUCAGUGUCUGUGUACAAGCGAGCGCGUGCGCUACAGCUCCCGUGUACAUGAAUACCUAUCUGAUGAUACAGAGCUCUUGGGGUUUCCAGAAUAUUCUGCAUUUCAAGGAAGGUGCAUAUAUUGUGAACCUCGCCGGAUAGCAUCGGACAGAAUCCGCUCCGGACCAUCGUACUGGGAGAAACGUACAGUAUUAUCUGUUGGCUGAUUUAAGACGCCAGGGAAUGGCUCACAGAAUUCCUAUACACCAGGACGACCUAAGCUUCGAAGAAAGGCAGAGUAAGAUCUGGGAAGACAUGGAGAAGGACAUGGAGCGUCGCCGGAAGGAGUGGGAGAGCGAGAUCGACAACAUGCGAACGGACUUCUUCCACGUCAAGCCGGAUGAUAACAAACUUGAGUCAAUGACCGACCGGCUCGGGAUAGCGGACAGUCGGACGUCGUCGGACGCACAGACAUCCAUAGAGAAGGAUCAGAACGGCCAGCCAGUGUAUCGCGCAGUGUUUAACGUCAAAGACUACAAACCCGACGAAGUUAAUGUGAAAAUGGACGCCGAUAAAUUGAUCGUGAACGCCAAACAUGAGGAAAAGAAAGAAGGGAAAUCCGUGUGUCGAGAGUUUAGUCGUGAAGUGAAUAUUCCUCGGGAAGUUGAUCCAAUGUCCCUUGGUUGUACCAUUUCUUCUGAUGGUAUCCUCACGGUAGAGGCACCACUUCCCACUCCACAAUACCCACCCCUCACUGACAACCGAGGUGCUGCUCCGAGGAUCAUUCCCACGGCAACGCCUUCUGUAGCCGCUGCGCCUCCUCCACCAGCAGCGCCCUCUGGUGGCACCAAUCCCACAACUCACACGUCCACCUUUAAGACAUUCAUGUCACCCAAGGGAGCUGCAUCACCUUCCGUUGGAACAACAAAUCCAACUCACUCUUUGCAAUUUACUCCACAAACAUUCUCAACAAGUAACGUGGCCUCCUCUAAGUUUGAUACACGAAGCAGUUCCGGUUCUCCUGCCAAUACUGACGGAGAGCGCAAGUACAGAGUGGAAAUUGAUAUUGAAGAUUUUAAACCAGAAGAACUUACAAUUAAAACAGUCGACCAGAAAUUGAUCAUCAGCGCUCGUCGGGAAGAAAGGAUCGGCACAAGGACCUCCACGAAAGAGCUGAACCGGGAGAUCAGUCUGCCAGACACGGUCGAACCUACAGCCGUGAAGGCCUUUUUCUCGGACAGUGGCAAACUGCUCAUAGAAGCGCCUUACCUAAAACCCCUCGCAGUGGGACAUUAUUCACAGGGGCGCGAGGGAUCGCCAAUGACGGGACGAUAGGGCACCAUAUGGGACCGUAGAGUCUCGCCUAUUCCCGAGACAUUAGCUAACGUUGCAUACGCGUUCAGGGUCACGCAAUGUGGGAUUGUAUAUCGCAUUGUGUUUUCAUUUUCAUGAGUGCGCUGACCCAAGUUCUCAAAGCUGAUACAUGUAGUAACAUUUUGUGUGUAUAUGUAUUUAAUAGGUUGAAGAGUUGCAGCUUUAUUUAUGUUAAUGAUAAACGUAAAUCUACGACUCGCUCACGUUUAAUACUCAGCUAGUGACGCCACUCAGCUAGAAACCGAUAUGGUGUGAUGUUUCAUAUGGCGGACCAAGAGCGGAAGUUCUCAGUUAAACAUCAGGUUUACUUCCGGUGGAAGAGACUCGUAUACAGUAUAUGUAGGUCAUGAAGGUCACGCGACGGUUAUUCAAUUGAUAGAAUAUCACUGCUGUAAAUUAUGUCCUCAUUUCGCUGGUAUCAUGAGGUGACAUUUAAACUCGAGAUUAUUUAAUAGUUAGUAAUUUUAAUGCGAACUCUGAAAAACUGCUCUUUUACUUGUGGAUUAUACGAUGUUUCAGUUUCUUGCCUUGAGAAAUAAUAUAUAUAUAUAUUAAAUUAUACAACACAUA